AUAACGACAUGACGAACGGUUGUUUUCAGUAGCAACCGUUAUACCGAACUGAAUAAAGUUGUCGUAAAAGACUGAACUAUGUCCUCUGUGCUGGAUGAGACAGCAGCAGAUGUGCCAGUCAAAGACAUCACAGUGAGCCUGUCCAGACUUACAGCUGCUGCUCAAGAUCCGCUGGUGUAUCAGCAUGCUCGGGCACGACAGGACAUCUCGCGGGUGUCCAGGGAGGAGCUGGAGGACCGAUUCCUGCGUCUCAAUGAGGAGACGCUGGUCCUCAAACAGCACAUUCACAAACAGGACGACAAAAUCAAGAAACUGGGCACCAAGCUGAUGAGGCUGGUGAAGGAUCGAGGCCGGAUGGAGCAGCUGGCGGCCGGAGGAGCCCAGCCACUGUCCAGGGUUCGAGACGUGGAGAUGGAGGAGAUGAUCGAGGAGCUGCAGGAGAAGGUCCGAGGGCUGCUGACCGAGAACGAAGGACUAAAGCAGCGUUUCCUCGUAGCCAAGCAGCAGCUCAUCAACUCCCAGAGCCGGAGGCCGACACCAUACGGACACGUCCCGCCGCGAGUCAACUCUGGGCUGAAGAGGCUCAGAGACGACGCCUCGUCUCCUUCUCAGGCGCGACCUAAAAGUAUGAGGAGUUUGGAGGGAGGCGGCAGACCUCCGAUCGGUCAGCUGCCUCGAUAUGGACACAGUCUGCUGGAGGAGGCGAGGGCCGAAAUACGCAACCUAGAAAACGUGAUCGAGUCCCAGCGAAGCCACAUCGAGGAGCUUGAAGGAAUCUCAGAGCUGCUGAGGGAGGAACUGAGGAAGAAGGAGGCCGAGUACGAAGAGAAACUCCUGCAGGUCCGACAGCAGCAAACCUCCAAACUCAGGUCUCACGUCAGCAGCAACGUGACGAUGAUCAAACUGCAGAAGCAGCUGGCCGACAGAUCCAACACCGUGGCCGAGCUGGAGGGUCGAUUCCUCCAGCUGCAGGAGAGUCAGCAGACGCUGAAGGCCAGCCACGAGGCGGCGAUGGCGAAGGUGGACGAGCUGUCGGCUCAGCUGAAAGACGAGCGGCUCAAGAGUUUGGAUCUGGAGAAGGAGCUGCAGAGCUCGAGUAUAUCCAGGAUCAAGAUGGAGCAGCUGCAGGAGAGGAUCAGUGAGCUGCAGCAGGAGAGAGACCUGCUGAAGGACAACAAUGACAAGCUGGUGAACAGUGCCUUCGAUGUGUCUCAGCAACAAAAAUGGCAGAUUCAGGAGCAGCAGCUGAAGUUACAGAUCUCUCAGCUGGAGACGGCGCUGAAGGCCGACCUCGUCGACAAAAACGAAAUCCUCGACAAAAUCAAGGCAGAGAGGGAUGCAAGUGAGAAGCUGACAGAAGAAAACAGGAAACUUCACAUCCAGUUUCUGGAACAGAAGCAGCAGCUGGAGGAGCUGAGCGGCCGGAUGAAGUUCUACAGCAAAGAGGGGGACUAUGAUGUGGCUGAACUCACUGAGGCUCUGCUGCUGGUCAAAACCCGUAAAUCCCAGAAGAACAGAGAGCUGGGCUUCCUGAAGGAGGUGGAGGAGGAGGGGAGCAGCGCCGAGAGCUCCGUCAGAGAGCUGAGAGCUGCUCACGCUGAAACCAUCCAGGAGCUGGAGAAGACCAGGAGUCUGCUGAACGUGGAGAGCAGGAUCAGCAAAGACUACAAGGCGGAGCUGGAAGCUGCGCUGCGGAAGAAGGACGCCGAUAAAGUCGAGUACGAGCAGAAGCUGGAGCGUCAGGCUCAGCUGCUGGACACCAGGGCGGCCAAGCUCCGGAAGCUGGAAGCUCAGCUCAGAGAAAUCGCCUACGGCACCAAAACCUACGUCUUCAAACCGGACGUCACGGGUGAAGACGAGGCGGACGAAUUCAACGAAACUCUCCACCUGGAGCGAGGAGAGAACCUGCUGGAGCUUCAGGUCGUCAGCGCCACACUGUCCCCGUCGGCCCUGCAGCUCCUGGGCGACGCCGAGCCCUCCACCUUCUGCACGUAUUCCUUCUACCUGUUCGAGCUGCACUCCACUCCGGUGGUGACGGGACGCCAGCCCAGGUACGGCUUCACCUCCAAGUACGUGGUGAGCGUGGACGACAGCUUCCUGGACUACCUGCACAGGUACUCGGUCACAGUGGAGCUGCAUCAGGCACUCGGUCUGGAUUGGAGGACGCUGGCGACCGGACAGCUGAGGCUGCAGCAGCUGCUGGAGCAGGACGGGAAGAUUCACGGCAGCAUACCACUGGUCGGGAUAAGUGAGGAGGCCCGUUCCUUUGGUUCUGUGGAUUACUGGCUGAGGCUGAGGAUCCCCAUGACGGAGACCGUCCAGCUGUUUAAGGAGAAGCUGAAGGCCGUGGGCUUCAUCAGUCAACCUGAACAGCUGCAGCCUCCCAGCAGCAGCAGCGGCAGCUAUAACAAGCUCUUCAUCACCGUCCAACGCUGCACUGACCUUCAGUCCAGAAGCUCUCAGCUGCCGAGCCCCUACGUCGUCUACAAGUUCUCCGACUUCCCCGACUACCCGACCGCCACCGUCCACGACCGCUGCGACCCCCAGUUUAACGACCUGAAGUCCUACUCGGUCCUGAUGGACGUGGACCUGGACCGGUACCUGCAGUCUGACGUCCUUCACUUCUAUGUGUUUGACUACAAGGAGGAACAGAUGGAUACGUACCUGGGGAAGGCAAGAGUGCCGUUACUGGGACUGACCCACGAUCAGAGCAUCACUGGUGCGUUUGAGCUGGUCGAUCCCUCCGGUCUCCCUGCUGGUCACAUAGAAGUCAACCUGAAGUGGAAAUCCACCUACCUCCCUCCGCCAGGAUCCAUCAUGGCUGCUGAAGAACCCAGAUUUAUUCCACAGGAGAAACCUGUUAAGGGAACAUCUGGACUGAAGCAGGAACAAACGACUGUGGAGGAUCAGAAGAAACACUCACUUCUGAAAGAUGUCAAAGAGAAACUGCAGGAGGAAAAUAAAGACCUCCAUCGCUCCACAUCUCAGCCUGAAGCUACUGCUGCUGCUAAGGCUCCGCUGCCCAAACUCAGACUGAAGACACUAAUGAAGGAAACACCGGCUGCCAAAAGAGUCACGUUUGUGGAAACCAAAGCUUCAGACGAACAGCUGGAAGAUCGAAGCUCAGCAGCUUCCAGCAAAUCUGCAGAGAAGGGAGACACAUCAGCACCUGCUGUGAAGGUUUCGUCUAAAGCUCCUCAAAGCGCCACCGAGGAGGACAAUGAUGAUGAAGAGUCCCACGUUUCUGAAGGACAGCUGGUCCCAGCGAGCACUCAGUCCUACUCUGACGACUCUGACAUCUCUGAGGAGAUUAUUGAAGAUGUGGAGGAGGCGCCGGCAGCUGCAGAGGAUCAGAGCCAGUCGACCCAGUCCGACAGCGACGACUGCAUCGUUCACGGACAGGCCACAGGGAGGAAGCCGUCGGAGCGUCUGCGGCUGGAGAUCGUCUCUCUGAGCCUGAAGCCGGACUCUCGGCCGGCUCAGGACGGCGGCGUGGUGCGUCUGUUUGUCGAAUACUCCUUCCUGGAUCUGCCCACCGAGGAAACCCCCGUGUCUCUGCCCAAACCCCCGCCGGGCCGCAGCAUCAACUACAACUACAGCAAAGUGAUCCAUGUGGACGCUGAGAACAACUCGACGAGGCGACGCCUGCUGAGGAAGGUCCUGCAGGGUCAGAACCCUCAGAUGGAGAGAAUCCGGUUCACGGUGGUGAGCGACCCUCCAGAGGAGGAGGAGCAGGAGAAGGAGUGUGAGGACGUGGGCGUGGCCUUUCUGAGGAUCCCGGAGAUCCUGGAGAAGCAGCGAGACCUGACGGAGGAAAGUCUGGACGUGUUGGACGUGGAGGACAGCAGCGAGCCGGUCGGCAGCCUGACGGUGUCCGUGGAGGGUCUGGAGGCUCUGCGCUCCAUCAUGGAGGACGACGACCAGGACUGAAGCUCCGCCUCCUCGCCGCUUACAUCAUCACGAGGCAACAACACGACUCAGCCGACAGACAGACAGACGCUGACUCACAAACGACACACGACGCAGAUUUCGCCUCACGUAUCAAACACUGACUCUGUUUGUAUUUUGUCUAUUUUUACUGUUAAGUUAUUGUUGGAACAGUUUCGGCUCAGAGACUCGUUUGUUGUUUGCUAGAAUAAAACUGUUCAGGAUGCUGGUUCAGGCUUGAAGGUUUUCACCGGUUGUUGGUUGAUUGUCGUGAAUCAGGGCUUCUGCAGGUUUUUAAUUCAGUUCCCACAUAAACAAAGCUGUAAACAGUUUGAGUACAAAGUC